CAUCCUCUACUUGUAAGUCAAGGACGCUGGAAUGACCAAGGGGCAAUGGGGGCAGGCUUGAGUAAAAGGGCAUUUAAAAAAUAAUUCCCAGCUUCUACUAACUGCUCUUCGUAACUGCUUUUUUCGAUCUUCUGUAGGUAUCUUGAACAUUGGGUAACUUUUGGCAUAAGGAAUUAUUUACCACAUUUUGAGAAAUGACGUCGUGAAUUAAGCACUACAAUCAGAAUUCCUUAUGAAUCUCUCUGAUAAUUACAAUGGGUCACUUUUAAGGGCGCUUUUAUGAAAGGAAAUUAUUUCGGCCCCUCUUGCCUCUCCUAUCAAAAGGCAAGGUGGUGAUUAACCCCCCGCGCGCCAUUCCCCGGCGUCCCUGUUGUAAAUCCCAGGCCUGCCUGCAGAGUGUGGCGUGUGCAAACACAAGAUUUUUCAGAGGGCUGUCUCUUAUAAUACGUAUUUUUCUGUGUGCUGAAAAUUGUAAUACCACCCUUUCUAAAACGUUGGAAAAACCCUUGAGGUUUCCAAGGUAUGAACCAUUCAUGACACAGGUUAGUCACAGGGUUACAAUAAGGUGAAAAUUGAAUAUUUCCCGCGAAAUCUUUUUGGAAAAAAAUGGCGACUAAAAUCGAUAACGAUUUUGGCAGAAGUUGGAAUAUUGAGAAAUAUGCAAGAUUUAUUCCAUCAACGAAACCAGGGAGCGGAGAGUGGAAGUAUUUUACAAGUUAUGGAGGUGGAAAUGAAAUGAAGAUUUCACUUGUGAAGCCACUAAAAUUGGUCAUAACUUCUGGAAGCUCAAUUGUCCUGGAGUCUGUCCCUUUGUAUGGAAUGACUGAAGAACCAUCUUUGAAAGCUAUUGUAAGAGGAGACAGCAUGCUAUUUUUCAUGAAAAUAAAGGAGGGUGCUAGACGCUUCAGGAUCAAGUUUGCCAAAGACUCAAAGUUUUCAGAGAGGGAAAACUGCCAAGACUUUGUUAAGAAAGUAUCAAACCACAUAAAUUUGAAAGAGAUAGAAUCACAAAAUAAUUAUGUUAACAGCCAACAGGCAAGUCAGUCCUUGUUGCAUGAGGAGUCACAAAGCCAACUCAAUCUGUCAUUUGAAUAUGAUUAUGCGCCACCAAACAAGACAAGUAAAGAUGAGCAUGCGAUGGAAAUACCAAUUCAAGAGGCAAAAAUAUUUUCAACAAAAUCCAUACGUCAGCUAGCUGAGUCAGUUAUGAAAAACUCACUUGAUGGUUUUCCUGACUGCUACAAAUCAAGCAGUAAGUUUUCAGAUGAAGAACUUGAUUCUGUUGUUCGAAGUUGUUUAUUGGAUUCAGGAUUUCCAGCUCUUGUUGGUCAAGUUGAACAAUCCUUGAAGAAACUUUUGUCUGAUUAA